CGGUUUAAGUUGUUAUACCUGUUCGACUUGUUCAGCUGAGUCUUGCUGCUUCUUAAAACAGCCUGUGUUAGGCCUGGAAGUUUUGAUUGUAAAACUAAGAAGUCUUUGUAACCUAACAUCUGACUGCUACUUUGUAGUAGAGUAGAGAGGUAUUUUUUUGUUACCUGUGACCAUGGCCGGUGGCAGAGCCAAUGGAUCAUUCCGGGUCACUCGUGAGUGCUGCCGUUUCCUGCUCCUUAUUUAUUUCAUUUUGGUUAUUUUUCUUCUAAACAAUGUCGAGGCCACUUUUAGAAACAGUUCGACUCUCAAUAAUGAAGAAACGAAGGAUAGUGACCAGCACCAAGAUUCUUCCAAACAUCACCUUUCCAGAAACUUUGCAAACCAGGAUGAGCGGCUGAGUGUCUUCUCUGUGGAUUAUUAUCAUGUGCAGGUUCCCUUUGAGAUCACCCUCUGGAUUCUGUUGGCUUCUUUAGCGAAAAUAGGAUUUCAUCUCUUUCAUAAGCUCUCUGCAUUUGUGCCAGCAAGCUGUCUGCUGAUUAUCAUUGGGCUGUUAGUUGGAGGAAUCAUCUUUGGAGCUAAAGAGAGAUCUCCUCCUGUUAUGAGCACAGAUGUCUUUUUCCUGUAUUUACUGCCACCCAUAGUGCUUGAUGCUGGUUACUUCAUGCCUGGCAGGCCAUUCUUUGAAAAUAUUGGGACUAUUUUAUGGUAUGCAGUGGUUGGAACUCUAUGGAAUAUAACUGGCAUCAGUAUGUCACUAUAUGGGAUUUGCCAAGUUCAGGCUUUUGCCUUGGGUGACAUCACACUAUUGCAGAUUCUGUUGUUUGGAAGCUUGAUCUCAGCUGUGGAUCCUGUUGCAGUUCUAGCCGUCUUCGAAGAAAUCCAUGUAAAUGACCAACUUCAUAUCUUGGUGUUUGGAGAGUCGCUGCUGAAUGAUGCUGUCACUGUGGCUCUGUACCACUUAUUCAAGUCCCUCUGCCAGAUGCACACUAUUCAAACUGUGGAUAUCUUUGCUGGAAUUGGCCAGUUUUUCGUGGUGGGCAUUGGUGGAAUAAUAUUGGGGAUUAUUUAUGGAUUUGUUGCCGCUUUCACCACUCGCUUCACUCAGAACGUCCGUAUAAUUGAGCCAUUAUUUGUCUUCCUGUACAGUUACCUCUGCUACCUGACAGCAGAAAUGUUCCGACUGUCAGGCAUCAUGUCAUUGAUUGCCUGUUCUCUAAGCAUGAAGUACUAUGUAGAAGAAAACAUUUCGAUGAAAUCUAGCACCACUAUUAAAUAUUUCCUCAAGAUGUGGAGCAGCGUCAGUGAAACACUCAUAUUCAUCUUUCUUGGUGUAUCAACAAUCACAGACACCCACGAAUGGAACUGGGCAUUCGUUUGCUUCACUCUAUUGUUCUGCUUGGUGUGGCGGGCACUAGGUGUCAUAGUGCUGACUCAGAUCAUUAACAGAUUCCGAAAACUGUUGGUCAGCCGCAAAGAUCAGUUUAUCAUUGCAUAUGGUGGUCUGCGGGGGGCAAUUUGCUUCUCACUUGUGUUUCUACUUCCUUCUCAUGUCUUUCCUCGAAAGAAUUUGUUCAUCACAUCAACUAUUGUGGUCAUAUUCUUCACCGUCUUUAUUCAGGGAAUGACUAUCCGUCCAUUGGUUGGCUUUCUGGAUGUUAAAAAGUCAAAUCAAAAACAGCCAACAGUCAGUGAAGAGAUUCAUAUUCGGUUUUUUGACCAUCUAUUGGCUGGGAUUGAAGAUAUCUGUGGACAGUGGAGUCACUACUAUUGGAGAGACAAGGCCAAGAAGUUUGAUCGAAAGUAUUUGUCAAAGCUUUUGAUCAGGGAUAAAGAGCCAAAGUCCAGUAUUGUUGCUCUUUAUAAAAAACUGGAAUUAAAACAAGCAAUUGAAUUGGCUGAAUCUGGACAAUUUAGUAAGGUGUCAUCAUCUGCUUCCCUGCUAAGUAAGAAACCUAGAGAAAUAAAGAAUCUCUCCUCUGAUGAACUGAAGGACAUCAAAGAAAUCUUAACUAAAAAUUUAUAUCAGAUAAGACAGAGGACACCAUCAUACAACAGACACAGUCUGCCAAGAGAGGCCAAUGAGAAUCAGGUCAAGGAAAUCCUAAUCAGACGACAUGGGAGUCUACGGGAAAGUAUGCAGAAAACAAGGGCCCAGCAGUCUGGUGCUGUAAAGUAUCGUCCAUUUUCACAAUCUCAAAAUGCCAGGAUUCCUUCCAGGCCCAAAAAAAGGAAUGUUGCUUUCACAGUGGGAGAAGGCAGCAAUUUGGAAACAGAUUCAUUGCAAUUAGAAAAUCUUUCGCAAUCCAGAACAGGUCCAUCAUCUCAUCACCAAGAUGAAUGCAGAAUGGAGUGGAGGAAUGAAGUUCAAAGGGAGAACAAUAGAAGUCAAAGGCCUAACUCUGUUGGCUACAACAACGAUGGUGUAGGCAGUGGAACUGACAGAGGAAGAAGACCUGCAUUGAUGCCAAGGACCAGAUUUGGUACUCUGGGUCAACAGGACCCUCACUAUUAUGCAAGCGGAAGAAGCCGUCAAGGAUUUGUGGAAACUCAGCCAAUUAGUUGGAGAGCAGAAGAUACACAUGGAGACACUGAAAACAGUGAUCCUUUGAUAAGAAAACCAAAGUAAGUCCAAUUGAUAGGCUGCACUGUUUAGAUCCUUUUAACUGGACUCAAGUUGUGACUUUCAGAAACCAGAUCAGUUUUUUAUAUUGAGUAAUUUAACAUUGGUUAUAAAAAUGGGUUCAGAAAUUAAGUGACCAUUGAUUUUUGGGUCCUAGGUUAACCCAAACAGCUUCCUACUUUCAAGUUGGCUUCAGCCUUUGAUAACUGGACACUACCAAUUAUUCAUGUACCGUAAAACGCUUUACAAGAACCACUGAAAAUGUGGUCUAAGUUGUGGUUUUUAACUGCGGUUUUGUUUUAAUGUAUAAAGAAAUAUUUGCAUUUAUAUAGCAACUUUAAUGACCUCAGGACAUUCCAAAAUACUUUACAGCGAAAACACUUUACACUGUAGUCACUAUUGUCAUGUAGGAAGUACAGCAGUCAACUUUGCUCACAGCAAGCUCCUGCAAACAGCAAUAUGAUCAUUAUUAUGUCAUCUGUUUUUAGUGAUGCUAAUUGAAGGAUAAAUAUUGGCCAGUACAUUAGGAAUAACCCGCCGCCUUCAAAAACUAUUCUAGCGUUUUUAUGCCUGAGAGAUUUGGCAGGGCUGUAAUUUAACAUCUCAGCAAAAAGACAGCAAGACAGCACCUCCAACAAUACAGCAAUCCCUCAGCACUGUACUGGAGAGACAGCCUAGACUUUUGUGCUCCAGUCUUUGGAGUGGGACUUGAACCUACAACCUUCUAACUCAAAAGGAAGUGCUUCCAACUGAGCCAUUAUUGACUCAUAAGACCUUAGGCAGGGGAGGAUAAUCUGAGCACCUUUUAAUGCAAACACAUUGAUUUGGCAUUCUCCAGGCAACGUUAUGGCUUUUGCUUCCUCACCCACUCGUGUCUCUCUACAUUGCUGAAAUGUUUUUUUUCCCUCCCCUCAAUUUAAAUCUCCUCCCUGCAUAAUACAGUACUUGCAACCUUAUAGGUUCUACUCAACGUGUUGGUCUCUCUGCUCCCUGCUUCCGUUUAAUUGACAAAGCUUGACCAGCCCUUUCCUCUUCAUCCAUCUCCUUUUCCCCGACUAAGACUUCUUUGCUUCCCUCUGCUGCAUGGUUCCAAUUAGUUCCUGCCCUCUAACCUUGCUUGACUUGGAUGCAUCUCCAAGUGCAACAACAUGAGGUUACUAGUGACCAACAUUUUUAAUUCAGUUAUGAAUUACCAGUAUAGCUAAAGCUGCAAACUGCAUAUUUCAAUUGUUGGUUCUUUGUCCUUGCCAUGUGAUAAUUGUGAAUGUAUUUAAUAAAAAUAAAAUCAGUUUAAAGCA